GAUACAGAGGAUAAGUAAGUUAGAGCCUGUGUUGAAAACUGAGCUAAGCAAGUAAAAAUAGUGAUUUUGAGAGCAUUUCUAAUCCUUCAUGUAUUUUGAUCAAAUUGAAUAUUAUUUCCUUUUUAGUGCAGCAACCAGCAAGUGCUUGAGGUCAGUUAAUUGCACUCACUGUCAUGUGGACAAAUUUAGCAGCCAAUUUGCAACUAACAGGACCAAUCAGAGAAUUAAAUUAAAUUGCCAUUGAUUUUUAACAUUGAUUGGAUUGACAGAGGGAGGAAUGCUGAUCAAAUACAAUGGAAUGCUUUGCUACUCAAAGUAUAGCCAGUGUCCACAUGAAAACAGGGUCAAUCGUGUUAUGUUUUUGCCUGAGGAUAAAAAUCAAACUUUGGAAAAUGAGUCAUGAAUCGAAAUAGUCAAUCACUUUUGGUUGUUGAGUUUCCCACAUGUAUGAACCUCGUGAUAUUCAUGUACUGUAUGGUAGCAAGCUUGCAAGGGGAUUUGAUGCUGGAGUACUAUGGGGAAGCAGAUUCGGUUAUUGGGAGAGAAGACCCUGAUUGCAAACUAGUACAUUAUGUAUUUACAAACAGUGAAACACUCAACUAAGCAUCUACGUAAGUCAAGCAAUUACUUACCUAAGCCCCCUUAAGUUACGAAGCUACAACACUAAAUAUUUAAUAACAUUUCUAACUCAAACAGGUACUUGUGUUAAGUUCCCCCCAAGUUACACGACUGCAACAGGAAACAUUCCGCAAGCAGGUACUCACCUAAAAGUGCACAUGGCCGUUCCUACCUGCAGCACACCUUCCUAAUGCUCCUUCAGCCCAGCUCAGAACUGAGUCUGAAGGGAGCCUCCAGACUAAACCUGUUGCAUUUGCUGUACGGACAAAUGUUGGCUACAGCGCAGCCCUGGAUAAUGAUGUCCCCGUUCCAGGCAUGGCUAUCUCUUUCGAAGCAAAGGAUUUUCUACAUGUCAAAGAAAAAUUCAGUAAUGACUGGUGGAUAGGACGGCUGGUUAAAGAAGGCUGUGAAAUAGGAUUCAUCCCAAGUCCAGUCAAAUUAGAAAAUAUGAGGCUGCAGAAUGACCAAAAAACAAAGCAGGGAAAAUAUCACUCAAGUAAAUCAGGUGGAAAUUCAUCUUCCAGUUUAGGUGAUGUGGUUCCUAGUUCCAGACGGUCCACUCCUCCCUCAUCUGCUAUUGAUUUAGAUGCAAGUGGCUUAGAUGCAGAAGACACUGACUCCCCAGCCAACCACCGGUCCCCUAUAACCAGUGUAAACACUGUAACGUCUCCCCAGUCUAAAGAGAAAAGAAUGCCCUUCUUUAAGAAGACUGAGCACGUCCCUCCCUACGAUGUAGUGCCUUCUAUGCGACCGGUAGUUCUAGUGGGGCCUUCUCUGAAAGGAUAUGAGGUGACAGAUAUGAUGCAAAAAGCAUUGUUUGACUUUCUGAAACAUAGAUUUGAAGGAAGAAUAUCAAUUACACGGGUUACAGCUGACAUCUCCCUUGCCAAACGUUCAGUGUUAAAUAAUCCUAGUAAACAUGCAAUAAUUGAACGCUCUAAUACAAGAUCAAGCUUAGCUGAGGUCCAAUGUGAAAUAGAACGGAUCUUUGAACUGGCAAGAACAUUGCAAUUAGUAGUUCUUGAUGCAGAUACGAUCAACCAUCCAGCACAGCUGGGUAAAACCUCUUUGGCUCCUGUUAUAGUCUAUGUGAAGAUUUCAUCUCCAAAGGUAUUGCAAAGAUUAAUAAAAUCAAGAGGAAAAUCCCAAGCUAAACACCUUAAUGUUCAGAUGGUUGCAGCAGACAAACUAGCUCAGUGCCCUCCAGAACUGUUUGAUGUAAUCCUUGAUGAAAAUCAGCUAGAAGAUGCCUGUGAACACCUGUCUGACUAUCUAGAAGCUUACUGGAGAGCUACCCAUCCACCAAGCAGCAAUCCUCCCAACCCUCUCCUCAGCCGUACAAUGGCUAGUGCAGCUCUUCCUUCAAGCCCAGCACCUGUUUCCAAUCUGCAGGGUGAACAGAGACAGGGAGAGCAAAAGCAUCUACAUUCAGGACCUGAGAGAUCUGCUUCCCAGGAGGAAGAAAAGCAACCAGAGCCAGUAAAAAAGCCCCAACACCGAACUUCUUCCUCUGCCAAGCACCACAAUCACAGAGGUACUGUGAGCCGGGGCCUCGAGAGGCAGGAAACAUUUGACUCAGAAAUGGAAGACAGCAGGGAUUCUGUGUAUAUAGAACCAAAGGAUGAUUAUACGGAUAGUCAUGGUGAUCAUUACAGCUCACACCAGGAUCACAACCAUACAGAAGAAGUCCAAGGUGACUGCGCCCACAGGCAUAGAGAAUCACGGCAUCGUUCAAAGGAACAAGAGCGAGAACAGGACCAUAAUGAACGCAACAAACAGCGCAGUCGCCAUAAAUCAAAGGAUAGACAUUGUGAAAGGGAUGGGGAUGUUGCAUCCAAAAAAAGAAAUGAUGUAAGCGAGUGGAACCAGGACGUGUACAUUCGCCAUUAACUUUGUCUAUAAGGCUCCUCAUCCCUUUUAGAUUUGUGUGUGUAAAAGGAAAAAAUGCACAUUACCUGCUAUGUCUGCUGUAAAAGUUAUUGUACAUUGGAGACUUCUUACAGUUGUUGCUGAUCCAGCAUGGAAAUAGAAUCAAUAUAAUUUACUUAAGUCCAUGGUACAAUUGCAGAUCUCCUAGACUUGUACUGUACAUGUUUUUGGUUUGGUUUGGUUUAGAUGGCUGCCAGCUGAACAAUAACUUUUACUAUGAAAUUACUGUUAAUGUUCUUAAGCAACAUUUUUAUAUAUACAUAUCUGUGUGUGUAUGUGUGGGUGUGUGAGUGUGAGUGUGUGGGAUGGGGGUUGGGAAAUUCAAUAUUCCUGAGUAUUCAGGAAAAGUUGCAUCAGCACAUUGUUUACUUUUUUAUCAUCAAAUGUUUAAUUUCUGCAUGCAGAAAUCUGUUCAUGUUUAAAGAUCACUCUGGCUUAUACUUGUAGUUGGGGUGCAUUUGGGGAAUCUAGUCUUGCCUUAUACAUCAGAUAUAAUUAAAAGGAAAGUAUUUUUUAAGUAUUGGUACUAUGUACUGUAUGGUAUCAUUUUAUUUAUGCUUAUAACUUUGAAAAUCAUUCACAAAUAUAAUUAGCCAUUUUAUCUGCUUCUAAAUUGUUUUUAUGUACUUUCUCUCCUUUACCAUUGCCAACUACAACUGGCCUAUUUUAGAAAAAAAUGUAGUUAAUUCAAUCAUUUCACAUAUCUAACAUUUCAUCAAUGAAUAGGCUGGGAAAUUCAAAAUGCAAAGUAUAUAUAUAUAUACAUACCUAGAAAAACUUGUUGUUUAGGUUUUUGUAAAAUUAAUAGUUUUAAUUGAUAAAGCAAUGGCCAGUUUACUUAAUCAGUUUAGGUUAUACACCAAAUACUUAAUAUUUAUGUAUGUUAGUCACAGGAAUUACUUUGAUUUAGGGUUCUUGAGGGUUCUGUGUUUUUUCCCCCCUGUAAAGUUAACUUAUUUUCGCAAAUGGCUUUGAUUUAUUGCUUAAUGGGCAAAAAGAAAAGCUGUUCUAUAACUGUAUAUGCACAUUUGUGGAGUUUAUUUUUGAAAUCUAAUUUAUAUGCAUUUGUAUAUAUUGUUAUUAUUGCCUUUGUAGGUGUUGACAGUAGUUGAUUCUGCCGCACUGUUAUUUAUUUGAAUGUUGGCUGUACAUGUUAACAUAGAAAUGCCAUUUCAUUAACAGACACAAUGUUCCAUUGCUUCUGUUAUAUAAUGAAUAGAUAGAAAGACACGUAUAGAUGCAUGUGCACACACAGACACAUGAACUUCCUUCCAAUCACUUUUGCCUGAAAUAGGUUGCUGCUUUAUCAUAACAAAAAUGUAAAGUUCUAGCAUGUGAGAUGUUUAUACUCUACUCCAAUAUACCAAGCCAUGUAUUUUCCCCAAAGCAGCAAUGUGAACUACACUUGAAUUUCAGACGUUAUUUUCAGAAAAAAAAGAGAAAAGUACUGUUUCCCUACUUUACCAAUUUCCUACCUUUCUGGUAGGAAAGCUGACAUAGAUGUAGUUGUUGCCAGAGUGUGCUUUGGGGUUUAUGCGUAAAAAAAUAAACGUGCAGAUCAAAGAGGUAACCCUGAACGCUGGUAUUUGGAGCUUCUGGAUUUUGCACAUCUAAAGCCUUCAAAGGCAAACAUCGUGGCUAAUCAAUGUGAUGUAAGAGCACACAUGUAGACAGCACCUUUAGCCUGUGUGUGGAUAAUGUAAAUUCGUCAGUACACCUUAGAAUCAUUCCCGGUUAUUUUUAGUGGACGAAUAAGUGAAGUAUCUGAGGGCUUUCAUGGAAUCCUAUCCCAGCAUUCGUCAGUGCCUUUAUAAACAGAAAAUUAAACUUGAGAACAGUCAGAUAAAAAUCAUUCCAGUCUUAUUUAUUAUAAAAUUAAAAUACUUAAUAGAUCAAGCAGCAGCUAUGGAGAAAAGAUGAUUGUUCCAAGGCGAUGACGAUUUAUCAGAAGGCAAAAGGUUCAGCUUAAAAUCUUUGAUAUUAAAUAUUAGUUCUUUUUCUGGUCACUGAUGCUGUGGACAGAUGUGCAUUUCCAGCAGUUUCUCUUGUUUCUCAUUAACUACUAUGCUGUUUCUGAAGUUGUCUUUACACUGAGUGUCCAAAAACACUGGAGCCUAAACAAUUGUGGCUAUAUAUGCUUCAUUUGUUGAGAUUUCCUGAGUCCAAGAAAACUCAGUUUGGCAAUUCAUUGCUGAAUACAAAUUUUGUUACAAUAGAGAACAUUUUGUGAAUGUGCUCUUGGUAUAGAUAUGAUGUAAACAUCGGUGCAACUGAUGGGUGCUGUUUCGCUUUCCUGACUAAUGUAUGAAGCAAACAUGCUGUUCUCUGUUCAAUCACCCAGUCUGUCUUUGGGGUGUUAAGGUACAGCCAACAUAACAUCUACCUAUAAUUGUUUUCACAUCUGGAAAACUAAUAUUCUUUUCAGUACCUACACACACUGAUGGAGUUUAAAUUGAAAGAAUGGAAAAUUAAAUCUGUAUAUCCAACUUUUUGAAACAAAUGUUCCAAUGUGACAACAUGUUUGUAGGUCAUCUACUAUACAGUUAACUGCAUAGAUUUAAUUUAAAGACAUGAUGGAGAAAAUCCAUCAUGAUUUACAACUAUAAAUGGUACAUUCCAAUUGUUUGAUAGUUGGUGAACAGUGAUUAGACACGGUUCUAAUUUGGUGUUAUCUUAAAAACCAUUAAAUUGAAUUACAGAAUAAUGUUGUCAGCCAGCCACUGAAAUGGUGUUUGAAGUUCUUCACCAUUAUAUCAUACCGAUCUUAGAAUAACCAAAUCUGAAGCUUGAAAAGUAAAUAUUAAAUGUGUAAGUGAUUUAAAAAGAUGUAAAUUAAAGAUUGCAAAUUUAUGGUCCUGCAA